CUGAAAGUAAAACUGGGACACGACAUGACUUGCUGAAAAAAACAAAGCGUCAAGUACAUCUAAACGCUUCUAUACACUAUUUUGGACACUUCCAUCGUCUUUUGUUGAAAUCCAGCACAUUUUAUUGACUAACAUUCUUAAAUUCCCCUAUCUAUUGGAUUUCGCGAAUGUGCGGAAUUCUGUUUCAUUUACAAAAUAAUGAGGAUGCAGCCUUUAAACCUAAUAAACAGCAAUUAGUUCGGAUAAAAAAUCGAGGUCCCGACAGCUUUGGUUCACACACAUGUCUUGCAGGAUCGUUCCGACUCAAUUUUUAUUCCAGUGUGCUACAUCUCAGAGGUCCAUUCAAUCAUCCAACUGCUCAACCUCAUAUUGACCCUGAGGGAAAUGUUCUUUGCUGGAAUGGUGAAAUUUGGAAUGGUCCUGGUGAAUUAAAGAGUCAGAAACUGUUACAAUGCUGCUCACAAAACGAUGGUACAAUUUUAUUCAAUGUGCUGAAGAGAAGUUCUUCAAUAGAAGAUACACUGUCUUCCCUUCAAGGGCCGUUUGCGUUUGUCUUUUAUCACGCGAAGACUCAAACGCUUUAUUGGGGUCGGGAUAGAUUGGGUAUGCGUUCUUUGGUCAUAAAGCGUGAAAACGGAUCACUUACUAUUGCGAGUGUCGCUGAAGAAGGUGGAGAGUACGUUAAUGUCGAACCGGGUUUCCAUUCCUGUAAGCUUUCUAGUGCUACAGCUUCGGUAAUGCCACAAUCCUCAGCUCUUCCGCCUACGGAUUAUCAUCCGUUACCUGUUAUUGACCCCUCCAUCCUUAUUCCGAACGACGAUGUAUCAAACCCGGUCGAAGCAUUUCAUCGUUAUCUUCUCGAAGCAGUUCGUAUCCGAGUACAAACCAUUCCCCUUGUUUCCUCUUCGAGUUCAUGCCCUGUUGCAGUGCUGUACUCCGGGGGUGUUGAUUGUACCGUACUUGCUCGGUUAAUACACAGUGUUUUAGACGACCGGGCACCUAUUGAUUUACUCAAUGUAGCGUUUGAAAAUCCCCGUAUGCUGAAUGCUCGUAAACAGAAAGGAGAAAAAGACAAUGACAUUUACCAACUUUGUCCGGAUAGAGUGACCGGGCUUCAAGGUUGGAGAGAGCUUCAACGUUGCUGCCCAAAUCGUACUUGGAAUUUUGUUUCCAUUGAUGUUCCUUAUUCCCAGGUAACAGAACAUCGACAAACAGUUUUGGACCUUAUGUUCCCAAAUGCAACGGUUAUGGAUCUUUCAAUUGCCCUAGCAUUUUAUUUCGCUUCUACUGGAUGCGGCUACUUGACCAACAUUGAUGGCAGUAGGCAGCAACCGUAUGUAAGCUCAGCCAAAGUUCUCUUUAGUGGACUUGGUGCAGAUGAACAGCUUGGUGGCUAUUCCAGACACUUGAGAGCAUUUCAACGGGGCGGCUUGUUAGAAUUGGAGAAGGAGCUGCGGUUGGACAUCACUCGAAUUCCUACAAGAAAUCUAGGCAGAGAUGAUCGCGUUAUUUCGAACCAAGGCAAGGAGGUUCGUUACGCAUUUCUUGAUGCCAACGUCAUGGCGUUUCUUCAGGCACUACCAACUUUGCAUAAAAUGCAACUGCAAGAGCAAGGAGGUGAUAAAUUGCUAUUGCGGAAAUUGUGUCACCUAUUGGGUUGCGAGUUGGCUAGUAAGGAAAAGAAAAGAGCUAUUCAAUUCGGCUCUAAAUCUGCCAAAAUGGAAAGCAAUACGGGCAGGGUAUUGGGUCAUGAAAAACUAUCUAGUCGGUAGGAUACUUAAUUAUACUAGAAUACAAGAGGUGCAUAAAUCGUUUUGCCUUGGCAUAGUAGAGAGGGUUCCAGUGACAUUAACUCAUCUCAAGCAACGAAUCGACAGAUGAACCUAAACGGCCUUGUUGGGCAGUCAAUACCAUCUCGAUGACAUCCGUGUCAAAGGCAGGAAACAUAGCGCGUAAAGCGGAUAUCGCCUCUUGACGCUCACGAGUUUUAAUUCUCUCUGCCUCAGCAGUUUCAAGAGAAGCUGUCCGAGCAGCGCGUAAUGCCUUCGAGUUUUCGUGGUAAUGAACUGGUCUGGUCGCAUACUUUGGAGUUGGUACUGCGAUGCUUGCGACGGAUGAACUGGGUGAACCAACACGGUCGGCCCUUUCAAGCUCUAAUUCUAGUUGAGAUAUGCUUUGGACGAGUUGCUUUCCUGGCUCAGCUGGCUUUGCUGCUUCCUCGUGAGGCGUUUGAGACGGAGUGCUGGAAAUGCUGACGGAAGAGUUCGGAGUAUUCUGGCCGGAAGACGUUAACUUUGUUAUGGGGUCAUUAAAUAAGCGUGUUAAGGAUGAUAUGGGCUUCUGAAGGCUUUUUAGAACUUGUGAGGUGGACGCCAAAAAAUCAUAACUGGAAGCGCUUGGACGACUGGCACUUUGCGAAUUGUCUGCUUGUUGGGUUUUAAUAGCAUGACGUUCCGCUUUGUCCUGUUCCAUUCUUUGUAAAGAAUUCUCAAUGUUAGUAUUAAAAUCUUCCUCUGAUAUAGUCAGCGAAGAACGAUCUAGGUUUUGUAUGAAUGAUAAUGCUCCCUCUAGUGUUGAAAGAUAGUAAGAUACUUCACCGGCAAGUUUAAUCGGAUUACGAAAACGUUGAAUGUAUUGGAUAUUGGAAACAAGAUGGUUGGGAUUUGCACGAAGAAGGACGUAGAUGAGGAUGGG